AUGCUCAACAUUGACCUUCGAGUGGACGACCCUUGUAACAGGGUUUAUCAUAUGACUCUUAAAGCUAUCUGGUGCAAUAAAAGCUGUACAGCCGACCUGCUAUUGUGUUGUCUACCAGUACGGGAGGAGCUGACGUCUGACAUGAGCUCCACCUCAGCACUGUCACGAGAGGAAUGUCGCAAGAUCGUAAAGAGGCACCUGCAGAGGGACGACUUCGAGUUGGCAUGGUUUGCAGUGGCUCCCCUUAGCACAGACAUGAAGGGCUUCAUGGGCGAUCACCUGAAGCUGCGUACAUCGGUGUCACUAGGCGACAAGGAAAGCCGAGGGGCGAAGACCAUCGAACCGCAGUUCUUCGUGAAGUCGGUGCCUCUGGAUGACGCCUACAGGAGGAGUUUCGCUAUGGCGUCUGUGGCCUACCAGAAGGAGGUCCUGUACUACGGUGAUCUCCUUAGGGACGUGCAGAAACACCUGCGCUGCUCGGAGUACGAGGCUGCUACGUACCUGGGCACUGUCCCGCAAUGCUACUACUUGCGGCCGGACUUGCUGGUGUUGGAGGAUCUGGCUUUGGCCGGCUUUCGCGUGUUGGACCCCAUGAAGCCACUGGACGUCCACCAGUGCGAGUGCGUGCUAAAGGCGCUGGCGCGACUCCACGCCACGUCCAUCGUGUUCGAGGAGCGAGAGGGCCGGCGACUGGCCGACAAGUACCCGCUUCUUGGGCACGAGACUCUCUAUCGGUGGGAGCCGGACUCUCAACUUUACCUCGCACAAGUCGCCAGCCGCCGCGCUACACACAUUUUGCUGGACCUCGUGCCUCGCUUCGCACCGGGCACGCCUCAUAACGAAAAGCUACACAGCCUCCUUGACACUGUUAUGGAAUCAAUCUACGAACUCUUGAAACCGAGUGACAACUUUAAAAAUCUCCUCUCUGAUAUUGCUGAAGGGAGACAUUGGCUCUCUUGGACAAAGGAAGUGUCAUCCUCUAAAUGCAUUGAUAUGCUACUUUUGGAAGCUCGCACAGUAAACAAUAUGCUAUUCGCGGAGGACACCAAGGGCGAGCUGUCGGUGCGGUUCGUGGACUUCCAGACACUUCACCUGGAGCCUCCAGCACACGACGUGGUACCCUUUCUGCACUUGGUCACUGAGCGCGACAUGCGACGUGUCCACGGCCAGCGGCUGCUGGAGCUAUACCACCAGACACUGGCCGACGUGCUGCGCCAGCACGACCUCGACAUCGACUCCCUCCUGCCCCUGCAGAUCUUCCUGCAGUCAUGCGAGGACACCAAACCAUUGGCCGUCCUCCUAGCCGCCUACGUACUGCAAUUCACCAUGCUGCCUCAACCAAAGGAUUUCGACCUGGAGAGUUUGGUAUUGGACCGUAACGACCUGGUGAAGGCCACAUACCAGCAUGAAGAACGCUAUCGUUCGAGGAUGACAGAGGCUGUGGAGGAACUGGUUGAGACCUGCCUCAUGCCUCGCCUACGGGAACAGCAGCGGUGA